AGGGUAUUCUAGGUAUAUACGUCACUGAUUGGAUGGCGUUGUCUUCUGACAGUUACAUCAAAAAGGAUGCCUUGUCAUCUCUUGAAGACUUGUGUGUCAGAUGCGUGUGCAAGAAUUUAAAUGUUUUAACGUAUUUAAGUAGCGAAAACUGUGAAGUUAAACGAAAAUGGAGAUUCCCUUAUCCAGGUUUUCGUCUGGUUGCUCGUCCUUCGCAGAAGAUCUUGCUACAACUUUGCAAACGAAACGCCCUAGAUGACGACCGGAUGAGUCUUUUUAAUGCAGACAGUGUCGACCUUAUGUCUCCAGUUAUAAAGGAAGCUAAUGUCAGCCCAUCAUCCUUAAAAGUGCUCAAGGAAUUUCGUCUGUAUAGCCUUUCUGCCAUGAAUCUAACCAAAGUGAAUCUAAAUACCAUCAUAAGUUGUCUUGGCGAAUGGACUGUUCAGAACCUAAUGUGCCUCAAUAUAUCCGGGACCUCUAUUCUAUGUGAAACUCAUUUACCUAUACUAGUUGCGCUCGGAAGGUUCAAGAAUCUUAGUGUUCUUAAUGCAAGUAGAACUGAACUAAGUACACAGUGUUUACAAAUUAUUGCUGAUGACCUUUUAAAUCUUCGUUAUCUAAACAUUUCCCGAACACGAGUAACAGAUAUUACUCCCCUACUAAAUAUACGCGAUCGUCUCAAUGGUUUGAUUAUGCAUCGCUUGCAAUUGGAAAGGACAGAAGAUAUCGCAAAAUUGCUGUACACUGUAGUGGAACUCAACCAGCUGCGCAUACUUGAUGUAUCUGACAAACCGCGAAAUACUGUUGGCAGAUACGAUGCUGUCGAUAAAUUUUGCUCGCCAGAGGCCUUGCCAUUCUUAGAGCAUAUUGAUUUAUCAGGAAACCAAUUCGGGCUGAAACUUAGUGAUGCAAGAGCCUUGCUCGAGAGCCAUCCUAGACUUACGUUCGCUGGGUUUGCAUCUUGGCUUUCAAGUCAUGAACAUGAGUUGGAAGGAAUAUACAGACUUUCUCAACAGUAUCCCCACAUAACGAUGUUGGGAGAUAGAGGGGAUCAACUCUUGUUAAAUACUUUGACGCGUAAUAAGGAUAGAGCUUUCUAUCUUCAACAUGCUCUACAUAGUAUUUUUGAAGCAACUAGCAAUCAUGAAUCCGUCAAACCAGAUCUUCUGCAAGCUGUUUUGCGCGUAAUGAGGCUACAUUUACGCAGAAUGGAAAUGAUAUUGGCAGGAACCGCUGUCAUUUACAACUUAACUCGUAGUGAACAAAGCAACCAGUUACCUAUAGAUCUACUAAAUCGUGCAGUGCGUAUGACUUUAACGGCAAUGGAAAAGUUCCCAGACAAUAGACAGUUGCAAAAGAAUUGCUUUUUAACGUUGUGCAGUGACACUGUACUUUAUCGUGCUACCUUCAAUUGUAUACAAUGUUGUGAACUGGUUUUUAACAACUUGCUGUCGUUUGAUGAUAUUCAUAUGAAGCGUAUGGGUGUAGCCAUUAUUUCUAUACUAGCUGCAGAAAUUUCAACAUCUGGUCUAUCCGACUUGGCAAAAGACCCUAGAAGAAUUGAAUGUUUUCUGAGUUAUGUUGCUGACAAAUGCCUCUUAUUGUCAGAUGUCCCAGAUCUUGGUUCAGCCUUACGAAGUUAUAUGCCACAGUUACGCCUACGCACUGAAGGAGCACCAAUCUUUGAUACUACAUUAAGAUUCACUUUAUCUGCUUUAUGGAAUCUCACUGAUGAAUGUCCGGAAGCUUGUUUAAGAUUUGUUCGUCAGGGUGGCCUGAUCAUAUAUGAAAAGGUCCUUAAACGAUUUGCUGACCAAAGUGAAGAGACUAAAAAUCAUGUCUAUACCAAGUGUCUGGGUCUACUUAAUAAUGUAGCAGAAGUCGAGCAAACACGUGAAUCGUUAUUAAAAGAAAGUCUAAUGAACUUCUUUUUUAAAAUGCUUAGACAUCCUUGUAUCCAGAUAAGUUAUUUUGCUGCUGGUAUUAUUGCGCAUCUGUCAUGUUUAAAAGAUGAAAUAUGGUUGCGUAAUAUUCAGUCAAGUCGUGAAAGUUAUGUGAAAUUAUUGGUAAGGUUGGUUGUUUUUUUCGUUGUUUUUCUGAUUGUUUCCGUGUAUAAUUGGAAUUUAUUACUGAAAUUUAGAAUGUUCUGUUUUCAUCUUCAUUCAGAAAAUAAAAUCUAUGUUAGUUCAUGAUAAUAUACGCAAUAAAAGUCAUUGUAACUUGUUUGAGUUUAUAGAUACUGGUGUAUGGGUCGAUCUAAUUUGUUGAUUCAACCAAUAACGGGUAAUUAAAGCAAUCUUAAAGAAUGUUUAUUGCUACGGUCUUUUAAGUAUAUAGACUGAGAUACUGUCAACAAGUUAUUAUUAGUUACAUUUUUUUGUCCUCAACCAGUUAUAUUUAUUUCCGCAGAAAUUCCUCACUCAAUCAAACGCAACGUAGAGCCUGGUAAAUAUGUACAUCGGUUCAAGUUCUCAUACCCCAAUAACACACGGAAAUGAAAUUGUUAAGGCACAUCCUAGAGUAGUAGUGGUGGAAAAGAUUGGGCACGAAAGAUACGAUUUGAGAAAAUAUAAAUUACUAAAAUAAGAAAAAUCAUGAAGAAAUUAGAGGCUUAAAAUCUGAAAGAAGAAAACGAGUGGAUGCACCUUGUCCAUUAAAAAGGAUUUCGAAUCAUGUCACACAAAGUCUCCAGCCACUGAUAAGCUGAAAUUGUUAACGGGAUUCCGUUCCAUUGCUAAUGACUUUAUGGACUUGUGUCAUGUUUUGGUUUAGCCCCCCCCUAGUUACUGAAAGUUUACAUGUCUCUGUAUGAUUUUAACUGAAUCGUUUUAAUUCUCUGACAUUUAGUCUUUUUUUUAUUUUAAAUUUGCAUGUCAAAGGCUUUUCCCUUCCUCUUUCUAAAGCAGUUGUUUUCCUCCAUAAAAGAUUAUCAUACUUAUUUGUAGUGUACACAUUACUUUUUUCUGGAAUUUAAUUUUUAUUUAUUUAUUCCAGGGUCAAGCUGUUUGUAAUUGGCAACCGCCACAUUCUGAGAUGGUCGCUUAUCGCUCUUUUGAACCGUUUGGUCUGUUAGUUUUGCAUCCAGAAAGUCGUUUAGAGAUACAUUUGUGGGCUGUUUGGGCUAUACAUCAUAUAUUAACCAGAAAAGAAACGCGUUAUGUACCGGUCUUAUGUGAAUGCCAACCACUGUUAUCAUUUCUAAGAUUAGUUGUUUCUUUUGAUGAAGGUGUUUUAUGCGCUCAUAAUUUACAACGACAAUUAUCUGAUCAAGAUUCGCGUGGUAUAAAUACUGAUUUCCAUGACAAUGAUAAUGUCGAGAAUAAUAUCAAUUGUUGUGUGAAAAACAGUGAUCCGAUGAAAUAUUUAACUCAUUCAUAUAAUGUUAUUUGUCCUCAACCUCCAAGUAUAUAUUCUCCUUCAACAGAUCCUGAUAUUUUCUCAGAAGUACCUGCUUUAUGUGAAGCAGCUGCCGGUGAUUGUUUCGUGUCAGAAAGUCAACAGACGCAAUCUUCAAGACAGUCGUCAGCAGUUACACAUGUUGAACCUGUAGGACAAAGUGCAGAAGGUGUUGCAGCAUUUGUAGGACCUGAUGAAUCUCAACUUGCUUGUGCUAGACUUAUCCGUAAAAUGGCUUCAGAAAUACUUGCGUCUGUUGAUCGAACUUUACCAACAUUGCAAUCUACUUCUAUUCAUAAUUAUAACAAUAACAGACAUUGUGAUCCGCCUGCAUCUCAUUGUUAGAAAAAAACGUAAUAUCAUUUAGCGUUAAUGGUCGGCUAACAUCAUUUUAAUUUCCCACACUGAAUUCAGUUUGACCAUUAUUAUUGUGUCUGAUUAUUUUGACAAAUCCACUAAAUUAUGUAAUUAAUCCAUUAAUCUAUCCUUGUAUUUUCCACAUGUCUAAUUUUCAAUAUAUCAAUAUCCAACAUUACAGUUGAAGUUCAGUGCACAUUGUUUACAAUAUGAACCAGUAUGACGUAAUACCCUUUAUAUAUAUAUAUAUAUAUAUAU